GGAGGAGGAAGAGGAGGAGGAGGAGGGAGGAGUUAUUGUUGGUUAGAGAUCGUCGCUGUAGAUUUAAAUAAGGAUAACUUAUUAACUAACAUGCUAUACUUAUAAUUUUCUGAAAAAGUCUUAAAAAAAUAAAAUGUUCCCAAUGAAUAAAAAUGCACUAAUUGACCACAAAAUAUAUAGCAUGGUGGGUUUUUAUGCUUAAAAUUGCAAAAAUAAUUCAUUAAUAAUUAAUAAUUAAUUUUCUAUUUCCCUUUUGUUUGUCUCUCCCACAGUACCUGAAAGCUGAUCAACGAUGGACCGGCUGGUUCUCUGUGUGCUGCUGUGUGCAGCUGUGGUGAAGGGCUACAGCUGUCCUGGCCGCUGUAUCUGCCAACACCUCUCGCCGACCCUGACUUUACUCUGCGCUAAGAAUGGACUAUUGUUCGUGCCACCAACCAUCGACCGCAAGACAGUAGAGCUGCGACUUACCGACAACUUCAUUACCAUCAUUCGCAAAAAAGACUUUUUUAACAUGACUAGUUUGGUUCACCUUACCCUGUCCCGCAACACUAUUAGCCAGAUCACACCGCAGUCCUUCCUGGGCCUGAAAGCACUGCGGGCACUCCACAUGGAUGGUAACCGCCUCAGUGUGAUAAAAAGUGACCACUUUCAAGGUCUUGUAAACCUGAGGCACCUCAUCCUUGGAAACAACCAGAUUCACCAAGUAGCCCCUAAUGCUUUUGAUGAGUUUGUAUCUACCAUCGAGGACUUGGACCUUUCCAAUAACAACCUACGAAGCCUUCCCUGGGAGGCCAUAGCUAGAAUGACCAACAUCAAUACACUCACACUGGACCACAAUCUGAUCGACCACAUUGAAGCAGGGACUUUUACGCUGCUCACCAAGCUGGUACGCUUGGACAUGACCUCAAACCGGUUGCAAAAGCUGCCACCCGACAGCCUGUUCCAGCAUGCCCAGGUCCUAUCUGAUGCCAAGGGCUCAAGCUCAUCUACGCUGGCUGUGAGUUUUGGAGGAAACCCACUCCACUGCAACUGUGAGCUGCUAUGGCUGCGCAGGCUCACUCGGGAGGAUGACCUGGAGACCUGUGCCUCACCGGAGCACCUCAUGGACAAGUACUUCUGGUCUAUCCAAGAGGAGGAGUUCAUCUGUGAGCCACCACUCAUUACCAAACACCUUGCAACAAAGCCCUAUGUGAUGGAAGGACAGGGAGUUACUCUGAAAUGCAAAGCGCUCGGUGAUCCAGAACCAGAAAUACAUUGGCGGUCACCUGAUGGCAAGCUAGUUCACAACAACUCUCGCACCAUCCUGUAUGAUAAUGGGACUCUCGAUAUCCUCAUCACUACACUUAAGGACAGCGGGGCAUUCAACUGUGUUGCCUCCAAUGCCGCGGGCAUUGCCACAGCUGCUGUUGAGAUCAACAUGAUCCCUUUACCCCUGUUUGUGAACAACACAGGCCACAUGCGUGAGGACCCUGGUCUCUCAGAUAUUACCACCUCCACCAAAUCUGGCAACGACACCAAGGGCUACGACAAGCAGGACAGGAGGGUGAUGGUGGCUGAGCUGACCUCCUCAUCUGCUGUCAUCCGCUGGCCAUCUGAACGACACAUUCCAGGCAUCAGGAUGUACCAGAUUCAGUACAAUAGCUCAGCGGAUGACACUCUGGUGUACCGAAUGAUCCCAUCCACCAGCAAAAACUUCCUAAUCAAUGACUUGGCUCCUGGGCGAGAGUAUGACCUCUGUGUGCUGGCAGUUUACGACGAUGGCAUCACCUCAUUAACAGCCACCCGUGUGGUGGGCUGCGUGCAGUUUCACACGGCCAGUGACGUCAACGAGUGUCGCUUCAUGCCCAGCCAGUUUCUCGGUGGAACCAUGAUCAUCAUUAUCGGCGGCAUCAUCGUAGCGUCUGUGUUGGUGUUCAUCAUCAUCCUGAUGAUCCGUUACAAAACAUACACUGGCCCAGAAGACAGCAAAAGCAAGAUUAGUUCCAGCAUGCACUCCCAGACAAAUGGCAGCCAGCAGCGCCUGCAACACAGCUCCACGGCUAAGCAGCUAGACUCCAGCGAGAGCCUGCAUGAAGGCGCCCAGGCUCCUAAAGAAUGCAUGGCCCUGGUGCUAUGCAUGGAUGACGACAAGAAGGAGGAACCAGCAAGCACUACAGCUGUCCUGGAGGUGGAGCUGCCUCAACUGAACCUGGACAGGCUGAAAAGGAGAACCAGCCUGGAUGCUCAGCGCUCCGGGCCUCCGUCUGAGGACACGCAGACAGACAGUAGCCUGACGGGCUCCACCAUGUCGCUGUGUCUCAUUGGUCCUAAUGCUGGCACCAAGGAGGCCCCGAGGCUUAAGGACAACAAAAGUGCCCUUGCUAAUGUGGGCCUGCUCCCUAAUGAGCUAGCACGAACUAGGCACAGGUUCUCUUUCGACGGAGGAGAUUACUCGAUAUUUCAGAGUCACAGUUACCCACGCCGAGCGAAGACGAGGUGGAACAGGUCCACCAACCAGCUGGACAUUGAGUCACUAGCUUCUUCCCCGCUAGCAAACAGGAGAGUUACAUUUAGCAGCACUGAGUGGAUGCUGGAGAGCACGGUCUGAGGGCUGGUCUGAGGGCUGGUCUGAAGAAAUGUCAC